AUGCUAAAAGUACUAAUCCCCACUGUUAUAUUAUUCCCAACAAUUUGAUUAACUUCCCCCAAAUGACUAUGAACAACCACAACCGCACAUAGUCUCUUAAUUGCCCUUAUUAGCCUCACAUGAUUAAAAUGAACAUCAGAAACCGGAUGAACUAUGUCCAACUCGUAUCUAGCCACAGACCCACUCUCAACCCCCCUUCUAGUACUAACAUGUUGACUUCUUCCAUUAAUAAUUCUAGCCAGUCAAAAUCAUAUCAACCCUGAACCUAUCAGCCGACAACGUCUAUACAUUACCCUCCUCACCUCACUACAAACUUUCCUAAUUAUAGCAUUCGGUGCCACCGAAAUCAUCAUAUUUUAUAUUAUAUUCGAGGCUACACUCAUCCCAACUCUUAUUAUUAUCACUCGAUGGGGAAACCAAACUGAACGCCUCAAUGCAGGAACUUAUUUCCUAUUCUACACCCUAGCAGGGUCCCUCCCACUACUAGUCGCCCUUCUCCUACUUCAACAAUCCACCGGGACCCUGUCCAUGUUAGUAAUCCAAUACUCUCAACCCAUACUCCUAAACUCCUGAGGCCACAAAAUCUGGUGAGCCGGCUGCUUAAUCGCAUUCCUAGUAAAAAUACCACUAUACGGGGUACACCUGUGACUACCAAAAGCACAUGUUGAAGCCCCAGUCGCAGGGUCCAUAGUACUAGCGGCAGUACUACUAAAACUAGGAGGAUACGGAAUAAUACGAAUAAUAAUCAUGCUAGACCCACUAUCCAAGGAACUAGUAUACCCAUUUAUCAUUCUAGCAUUAUGAGGCAUCAUCAUGACUGGAUCAAUUUGUCUUCGACAGACAGACCUCAAGUCCCUAAUUGCCUACUCAUCCGUUAGCCACAUAGGACUUGUAGCAGGUGGAAUUCUAAUCCAAACUCCAUGAGGAUUCUCAGGGGCUAUUAUUUUAAUAAUCGCCCAUGGACUAGUGUCUUCAAUACUAUUCUGCUUAGCCAACACAGCCUAUGAACGAACACAUAGCCGAACCAUAAUUCUUGCCCGAGGAUUACAAAUAAUCUUUCCAUUAACAGCGGUAUGAUGAUUUAUCGCCAACCUAGCCAACCUAGCACUACCCCCGCUACCUAACCUAAUAGGAGAACUAAUAAUUAUUACAACCCUAUUUAACUGAUCACCAUGAACUAUUGCACUCACAGGAGCAGGAACAUUAAUCACAGCAGGCUACUCCCUAUAUAUAUUCCUAAUAUCUCAACGAGGUCCAACACCAAGCCACAUCACCAAACUCCCGCCAUUUCACACCCGAGAACACCUAUUAAUAGCUCUUCACCUAAUUCCAGUAAUCCUCCUUGUCACAAAACCAGAACUUAUAUGAGGCUGAUGCUACUA